AUUGACAAAUUUUUACUUUAAAUUUAUAGCACUGUUUUGAAGGGGUGUUCUAUGAAGUAUCGAACUAAAAUUCUUACCUUCCCAGCUUUAGGAAAGUAUACAUUACGGCCAAUAGAUUUUCCCAAUUAUAUUCUUCUGGAAUUCAAUUAAAGUAUACAGUUUUGUUCAAUAAUGCUUACACGCCUUUGGAAAUUCAGUAUAUAAAUUAAACUAACCCUUAAAAAUAUUUAUUGUCACUUAAUUCAUUAAAUACUAUCUUGGGAGAAUAUAGAAAGUGUCACAAGGGUUACAAAACAUUACAAACAAUUAAAAUAAAUACAAAACAGACAUCAAGAAAUUUGAAAGAAUUUUACGUAUUGAGAACAAGACAAAAGUUAUGACCACUUAUUCCAGGAAAAGUGAGAAUUGACACAAUUUGUGUGCUACUAUGAGAACUCGUCGAGAAGUGACAGCAGGGAAUUAAAUUUGAAAAAAAAACAAGCGAUGGGGUUUAACUGAAAAAUAUGCGCUAUAAAAGCAACAACGAUCUAAGUAGAUGUCUCAAGAAAGAUGUAGACAACAAACAAACAAUAAAAAAUCACAUAAAAUAAAUACCGACCAAAAAAUGCAGGCGUCUUAAAGUUAAUACACAACAUUAACGAGACAUAAAAAUCAGGGCACCUGCAAUGAGAACGACAACGAACAAAAGAAAGGGGGCACACAAAAAACAAAACAACAACAAAGAACACAACAACAACGCAAUUGUACGCAUUUGUUGCAUGCAACUUCGAGCUGCAGCGGUAGGCACAUUGAACUAAAUCGGACAGAACACGUAAUGAAGUAUUCCGAGCACGCAUGAAUGUAGAGCAAAUUAACCCUUAAUGCUGGCGCUCGUUCUAAAAACAGAGCGGGAAAAAUCUUUAAUUAAGGAAUACAAAAAAAAGAAAAGAAAACGUGCACAAAAAUCACGUGCAUUUCAUUGCCUUCGGUAGCUUUUGUUGAAAAGUUGAAGAAAUGGCAGAAUUUUAAAUAAAAAUCAUUUUUUUUUAUAAAAGAAAAGGAAGUCGGCCGCAGACACGUGCAACGAAAACGUGCCGUUAUGAUUUUUUUUUUUUCUAUUUGAAGGUAUUGUUUUACCAAUUGUGCUGUAUGAAUCAGCUGCAGGCUAACUCGGGAGAAUGACUGAUUGACUGGCUGAUUGCCGCAAGUGAUUAUAGAAAUUUUUACAAGUGGCCUCUACUAAGUUACUUUAAUAUUUUUAUAGCUAUUUUUUCUACCUUUUUCGGUGAAAAGAAUUUUUUCCAAACUCAUAAAAUCAAUCGUUUUGCGUCGCCAACAGGUAAUAAAUUACACAUAACGAAUCGGUUUGCGCACUUUUCAAACGCACUGUUGACGUUGAUGAAGCUAUCGACAGGAUGUCAAGAUUAUACCUGUCAGAUUGUCGCUUAACGAUAAGCCGUGGAGACAGCAGCAAGAAGAAUAGCAAGAUUAAGGUGAUACGAGUACCUUCGUCCUGACCGCAGUGUGCAGCGGCAGCACGAGUGGCGGCGCUACCACGUAAUACAAAUUUACGAGGCAGUGCAUAUGAAAGAAAAUAAAAACAAAAGUAUUGCGGCAUAAACAACACUUAACAUCGCUCGCCGUCGCGCCACACUCAUUUGUUUCUUGUCUGUUCAAAAAUUUUGGCUGGUCCAACGAAAAUUGUAUUUUAAAUUCCAAAAAAGUCCCACAGCGGCGAUUAUUUAUUUCAUAUUUUCCCUUUUCACCAUUUUUUAUUUAAUUUUAUUUUUUCACUUUCAUGCUUCAUUCUUUCUCGUUGUUCGUGCACCGCUCACAUCGUCAUUUGCUGUCAAUUCGAAAGUGUUGCAACAUUUGUCAUUCCUUAACUUUUCCAUUUCAUUUGACAUUUUUCAAUGUCACAACUCAUUUAACAUUUGCAGCGCGGCACUCAUGCGCUCACUAAUGAGACUUUCUCGAUUUUUGUACCAAAAAUUAUGUCUGCCCGCGCCCCCAUUGUGUGCGUAAGGAACGGAAAUUCUUGUGUUGCGAGUUGUGAAAAAUUACACUGUCUCACAGUGUAUUAUGAGCUAUCGAUUUGAAACCAGCAACGAUUUGUACAUGCUGACAUCUGACACGGACCCUCUUUAAAUGAAAUCGUAUAAUGCCGCUAAUGUAAAUAUUUAACAGUUAACAGUUUUCCAUUAGGGAAAACAAUAAUUUGUAAUAUAAUAAUAGAUAUUAUUAAUGAAUUUCUGUUGUAGUCGGGGUAUAAAAUGUGCAAGUAGCUGUUUAUGGUUAAGUUUUAGACAUAAUUAGUAUUGUUGGGUGAUUACAGUUUUGCACAGCUGGAGUUUAUAUGCACCAUUCGAGUUUGAUUCAAGUGUUUAAUAAAGAAAAAUGCGCUUAAUAUAAAAGAUUUAGCAAAUUUCUUUAAAUUUAUUUUUUUCUAUAAAUCAAUCAAAGGUCAAAAGGUCAGAUAUCUCCGAAACGCUAUAAAAGUGACUGAAAACAAGUAAGGAAGAGCUAAGUUCGGGUGUAACCGAACAUUUUAUACUCUCGCAAUUUAUUUAUUUAACUUUAUUUAUAUUAUAUAUGUAAUACACAAUUUGACCCACAUAUUCGUCAUAUAUAUUGUAUAAAGUCCAUUGAAAGUUGGAAACCCUAAUAUUAUAUUAUUAGAAGCACCGAGGUCCUCAUGUUCGGUAUAUGAGGCCUUGAAAACCUAUGGUCCGAUUUUGGCGAUUUUUAGAAUGGGGCUGCCACACUAUUAACAUAGUAUUUAUGCAAAGUUCUGCACCGAUAUCUUCACUAGCGCUUACUUUAUAUAUUAUAAAGUUAACGAUUCAGAUCGUCUUCAUAGUUCUGGUAUAUAGGAAGUAGGCGUGAUUGUGAAGCGCUUUGGCCUAUUUUCACAACAUAUCAUUGGGAUGUAAGGACACUAUUACAAACCAAGUUUCAUUGAAAUCGGUCGAGUAGUUCCUGAGAUAUGAGUUUUUGACCCAUAAGUGGGCGACGCCACGCCCAUUUUCCAUUUUGUAAAAAAAUCUGAGUGCAGCUUUCAUCUGCCAUUUCUUAUGUGAAAUUUAGUGUUUCUGACGUUUUUCGUUAGUGAGUUAACCCACUUUUAGUAAUUUUCAACCUAACUUUUGUAUGGGAGGAUCAUAACCACGCCCGAUCCGAUUUCCUUCAUUUUUUAACUGUAUUAGAAGUGGCUAAAAAAAACGACUGCAGAAAGUUUGGUUUAUAUAGCUCUAUUGGUUUGCGAGAUAUGUACAAAAAACUUAGUAGGGGGCGGGGCCACGCCCACUUCCCCAAAAAAAUUACAUCCAAAUAUGCCCCUUCAUAGUGCGAUCCUUUAUACCAAAUUUUAUUUCCAUAGCUUAGUUAUGGCACUUUAUGUGUUUUCGGUUUUCGCUAUUUUGUAGGCGUGGCAGUGGUCCGAUUUUGCUCAUUUCCGAAAGCAACCUUCCUAUGGUGCCAAGGAAUAAGUGUGCCAAGUUUCAUCAAGAUAUCUUAAUUUUUACUCAAGUUACAGCUUGCACAGACGGACGGAGGGACGGACAGACAGACAUUCGGAUUUGAACUAUAUCUAGCUCGUUUAGUUUUGGGUGUUACAAAUAAAUUAUGUGAACAAAACUAUAAUACUCUCUUUAGCAACUUUUGUUGCGAGAGUAUACAAAUUUAAGAACGUCUAAAAAGUUGGCAAAAAGAAUGUACUUAUACUUAAGUGCAGCAAUAAGGCCUAGAUAGAUAGUUUUUUCUAUAAACCUAUAAGGUCAAAAGGUCAAAUGAUCUUAAAAUGUUAUAACAAUUACAGACAAAAAUUUAUGCGAGACCAAAAUGUUGAUAAUGAGACUAUACUUAAGUACAGCAAUGAGUCCAAGAAAGAUGGCUUCAACGCAUAAUGGUUAAAAAUUUCUGAUGGUAUUCCUCUAUAUAUCUAUAUGAAGGAUGGAUAAUUAGAUAUAAAUGCCAUAUUUUCCAUCACCGAUUUUUAAUUUUAUUGCGAUUAAAAUGGGAGCUUUCUCUUAAAGAUCGGUAGAAAUAUUUACUUCGACACCAUACAUACUUUUUCUAACGGUAUGUUAUUUCUGACUCCUUCGAUGCUAUAUUCAGGCUCUUCAUAUUUCAUGUAAAUGAGUUCUGCAUAGUCUGACCUCCAGAUUUCCUUCCUACUUUUAAAAUAAUUCAUCUAUUUAUUUAAUUUUUCAACUUUACUCUGUGUUUUCUAGAAUUUCAAGUUCUUUUUAUAUCUUUUUCGCAUCUUUUACUGCCAAUAAAGUUUCGAAGUGAAGACGACGGAUCAUAUUUUAUGUAGCAGUAAGAAAUAAGUUGUUUCAUAAUCUAACUAAAUUAUAUGUAGUGUAUAGAAGGGAACUUCUGUGUAGGAGGGAGUUCAAAAGAGAGCACUUCUUCCACAGCGAUCGUUUGAAGGCCUUAAGAACAAAACUUCGGAAUAUUCCUUACAAACGCAGUCAGUGGCUUAAAGUGACCUAAAACCGUAAAUUCAAAUUCCUUUACUUUUAAGGAUGCUUAGAAUCAGAGAAGAAGUUCUCUUACAAAAUCUGAAAGCAUUGCCGAUAUAAAGAGAAUUUAGUCAUGAUUCAUACAGACUUCUAUAAAAAAUAAUAUUUGUACUAAGUAAAAUUUAUGGUAGCAAAACUCAUGGUUAAAUACAUAUAUUUAAACGAGUGUGUGAUAUGUAUUGUUAAAAUUAGAACCGACGAUAAGCGAUUUAUCAAAAUUUGAUAACAAACCGGUGCUUAAUCACAAAUUUGUCAUGCUGUUUAAUUGACGAUUUGUUUGCGGAACUAAUUGUUGCUAAUGCGACAAAAAUUACGUAAUUUGGGGAGUUACUGAAAUAUCACAGAAAUAAAAUAAUUAUACAUAUUUAAUACAAUAUAUAAUAUUUCACUUUUCGAAUGCGCUUAUACGCACCCUGUAUAAAAUUGCAUGGAACUCCGUACCUGACCUUUUCUAAUGCUGCGCUUGAACUUCACUUGUUUCCACUUAUACACAGCCAUAAAUCACUUGUGAAUAUAUGUAAAUGUAUAUGUAAUGGUAUGCGUGCAUAAUUUGUAUUUCAGGUGAAACAUGACAAAAGUAAAAUAUAAAAGAAAAGAAAAAGGAAGUGCUAGAAUAUUAUUGUCUAAGCUACACGUAGUUAGUCUACACAACAGGUUGUUGCCAAGCAUCGGCUUACCUGUGUUAUAAUGAAGAGUGAAUAUAUGUAUAUAUGUUUGUAGUUGCGUGUAAAUAUAUAUGCAAAGUAGUAUUUAUGCUACAUUCUUGAAGAAUAUACGAAAUGAACAUAAAACACUUCGCACUUCUCUCAAAGGGGUGCUUAUGAGUAUACAGUGGAUAUGUGUAGUAUGCGGUCGGUUCCUUUUUUAUAUGUUUUUAGUAAAAAUUAAAAAACAAAAAUUAAUAAAAAUUAAAAAAAAUUUUUAAGAAAGUAUAGAAUGUAGUUUUAUAUCAAAAACAUGUCAACUUCAUAAUAAUAUAAGGUUCUCAAUAAUAUACAUCAGGUAUGUAUAUCUACAGUCAAACUAAUUUAAUUUGUUUCUAAGAGUUAGGUGCAGUAUCUUUACGAGAUUCUGAUUAAAACAAAUUAUUGGAAUAUUUAGAGUCUCUUUCCAGAGUUUGAAGAUAAUCCAAUGAUCAUUGAGCUAUUUAGAGACCCUUUCCAAUAUUUAGAGAUGAUCCAAGGGUCCUAGAGUUGUUAAGAGUCCCUUUCCAAUAUUUAGAAAUUAUCCAAGGAUCCUUGAGAUAUUUAGAGACGCUUUCCAAUAUUUGGAGAUGAGAUUUGGAUACUUGAGAUAUUUAGAGACCCUUUCAAAUACAUAUAUAGAGAUGAUCCAAGGAUCAUUGAGUUAUUUAGAGACCCUUUCCAAUAUGUAGAGAUGAUCCAAGCAUUCUUGCGAUACAUUUAGAGAUUCUUUCUAAUAUUUAGAAAUGAUCCAAGGAUCCUUGAGAUAUCUACAAACCCUUUCCAUUAUUUAGAGUUGAUCUAAGGAUCCUUGAGAUAUUUAGAGACCCUUUCACAAUAUUUAGAGAUGAUCCAAAGAUCUUCAUUCUGGAAAUUUGGUCUAUUUGAGGUCACAGUAAUGUCAGAAUACACAUCGUCGUAAUUUCAGAAAGUUAUAAAUUAUAGUGAAGAUAUAGAAAAUUUGGUCACAUAAUGUCAAACUAGAACACCGAAAUUAAUUAAAUUGCCCUUCUUAAUUUUUUUAAUUUUUUAUAAAUUUUUUAUUAUUUAUAAAUAUUAAUAUUAUUUAGUUUUAUGUAAAAAAAUGACAUUUUGGUAAAAAUAUUUGUAUAAAACUAUUUCAAGUGUUCGAAUACUUUAUAGCCUUACUGUAAGAAGAACAUAAAUUUAAAGAACACGACAAGUUAUAAUAAUUUUAAAAUAUACAAAGUGAAGAUAUUUAAAUGCAAAUACGCUGCUGGGGAGCACACAUAUAUGAAAACAUAUAAACUUGCAAGAAUGUACAUAUGUAUGUAUCAUAUGGGCACUUGCCUCUAUAUAUUAUUAGUGUUUUUUAAUAAUUAUAGACCUUAGUAGUAUAUAAAAGAACCUAAAUCAUAAUUCUCUUUUUCUCUACUACUCAUUCAUUCAUUCAUAACGGCUUUACUGCAGUUGUUGUCGAGGUGGGUCAGUUUGUCAGUUUCGCUGAAGGGCUUACUUUCAAGCCUCAAGCAGAUUAACAGACAUUCCCAUUUGAAAGUCAUAAAAGCAAGCAUUAGCAUGUAGUUAAGCAGUUUAAAGUUAUAUUUAUGCUUAAGUAAUAGCAGUAAAUCUCUUUGAUAGACUAGCAAUAGUACUAUAUAAAUGAUUCACUAUACCAUACUAUACUAUAUUCCCUCUACUUUGACACAUUUUCCACUGUGUCGGCGGCGGCUGCUGUCUUUAGGCGCUAGACGAACGCUAUGCGUUGACUAGCACUUGGCACUUAUGUUGUCAAUUAACGCCUACUUCACAUUUGGGUUACAUGACAUCAAACAAAUAAAAAAACAAUAACAACAACAAAAUAAGUAAGAAAAAACUAUUUUAGUACGCACGCGAUCGUGGCAAGCUGCAGUAUUUCUAACAUGAUCAGUGGCGCACAACAUAUGGGCAUACCACAUCAGAGUGAGCGCUGACCAAUGCACGCGGUAGCAAGUGUAACCAUCCAUACACAGCGGCUUUCGAAAUUUAUGAAUAUUCGGCGUUUUUUUUUCAACUCCAAAUUUUUGUUGGAAAAUUAACUGAAUACUAUGAAGCUAUGCCUUUCGAGUGAAAACUUUUUUUCGAAUAAUUUUAAUUAACUUGAAAAAUUAAUAGAUUUUCCCUUUUUUGUUGAGUUUUCAUAUAUUUUGAAUAUCUUUCUGGCACAGUAAAAGUGCUCGGUUGCAAUUUAUUGCCAUUGAGCAUGCGGCAAGUAAUUGAGAAAAUAGCUGAAUAAUUUAAUUAAUUUACUACAUUUGAUGUGCCUUACGUCUGGUAUUAGGCGUGAUAUUUAUUGUGAAAUAUACAUAUAAUACGAUAUUUACUGUUAGUUUCAAGAAUUUUUACGCCUCGGAAAAAUUUCGAAUUGACUAAAAGGUUUGAAAAAUCACACCCAAUUUGUUUAACAGGAGAUGCUAUUCCGUGUUAUAGCCUAGACAGACGAACAAAAUUAAUUGGCAUUAAGAAAUGAUAAUGCGCAUUGAAAUUUUAUAGUGACAGACGACAAAUUUUGUGCAUUUAUACAGCUGAUUGAGAAAUUUGUUUAUUUAUUACAAACGUGAAAUAAAAAUGGAUAAAAAAGAGUUAUUAAUGGCAAUUUUGGUAUUUUUGGAAAACAAAAAGAAAUUUAAUGAAAGAAUUAAAUUGUUAUUAAAUACAUUACAAGAUAAUGAAGUGCAAUUAAAAGCAAUAGUGGAUUUUAACGAAAUCAUACAUGCUGGACUUGUAUUCGCUCAGGAGCACCAUCGACAUAUUUGGAAAUUCGAUCGAGGUGGUAUAUUUUGGGAGCACGAUGUCCCAACCAUGGAUGACUCAAGGUUCAAAGAAAAUUUUCGGCUAGAUAGAAGGGCAUUCAAAAAAGUGUGCGAAAAGGUAAAGAGUAUUGGAAAAAUGGAUAGCAACAUGAGGCGCUGUAUCUCACUUGAAAAAAGAGUAGCUAUAGCACUCUUUUCUUUGGGUUCGGCAGCGGAAUAUAGGACUGUUGCUAGUUUGUUUGGCGUUGGGCGCAGCACAGUUGGAGAAAUUGUGAUCGAUUUUUGUCAUGAAGUAUGUGGUACUCUUUCGGAUUGCAUUAAUGCAUACCCCCCACAUCCGCAAGAAUUAAGAAGAAUUGUAGAAGGUUUCAAACUGAUGGGGUUCCCACAAUGCUUUGGUGCUGUUGAUGGCUGCCACAUCGAAGUGCAACCCAAAAAAGUGGAAGCCAUAGACUAUUACAAUUAUAAAGGCUGGUAUUCAGUCAUUUUGUUGGCAAGCUGUGAUCAGAGAUCAAAGUUCACGUACAUAAACAUAGGAUCCACUGGGAGAAAUAAUGACUCGUACAUAUUUGAGAGGAGUUCACUUAAGAAAUUUCAUGAACACGCUCGUAUUUUUAAGGAAAAUAGCGAAAUAAUUGAAGGCAUCAAUGUACCUGUGCUUCUUAUUGGCGACUCAGCUUUUCGUUUAUCACAUCAUAUGAUGAAACCAUAUCCAUGUGGGGUUAAUCAAUCGCCUGUUGAAAAGCACUUUAAUUAUCGACUGUCCAAAUGUCGCCGAGUGAUCGAAAAUGCCUUUGGUCAACUUAAAGCGCGCUUCCGUAAAGUUGGAAGAGGCUUGCAAGUUGCUCCUAAAAAUGUUAAUAUUAUAAUUAGAGCAUGUUGCAUUUUGCAUAAUUUUCUAAAGAUUGAGAACGAUGAAGUUUUUCCCGCAUGGAUACAAGAAGCAGCAGAAGAUGAAAGAAGACAUCAACCCAAUCACACAACAAGAUUAGGAGAAAAUGACCAAACUGCGACAGCGGUUAGGAAUGCCAUAGCAAUGAGAUGUUUUUUAAUAAUUAUAGACCUUAGUAGUAUAUAAAAGAACCUAAAUCAUAAUUCUCUUUUUCUCUACUACUCAUUCAUUCAUUCAUAACGGCUUUACUGCAGUUGUUGUCGAGGUGGGUCAGUUUGUCAGUUUCGCUGAAGGGCUUACUUUCAAGCCUCAAGCAGAUUAACAGACAUUCCCAUUUGAAAGUCAUAAAAGCAAGCAUUAGCAUGUAGUUAAGCAGUUUAAAGUUAUAUUUAUGCUUAAGUAAUAGCAGUAAAUCUCUUUGAUAGACUAGCAAUAGUACUAUAUAAAUGAUUCACUAUACCAUACUAUACUAUAUUCCCUCUACUUUGACACAUUUUCCACUGUGUCGGCGGCGGCUGCUGUCUUUAGGCGCUAGACGAACGCUAUGCGUUGACUAGCACUUGGCCCUUAUGUUGUCAAUUAACGCCUACUUCACAUUUGGGUUACAUGACAUCAAACAAAUAAAAACAAAAACAAUAACAACAACAAAAAAAACUAUUUUAGUACGCACGCGAUCGUGGCAAGCUGCAGUAUUUCUAACAUGAUCAGUGGCGCACUACAUAUGGGCAUACCACAUCAGAGUGAGCGCUGACCAAUGCACGCGGCUGCAAGUGUAGCCAUGCGCUUAAGGCUUUCGAAAUUUAUAAAUAUUCGGCGUUUUUUUUUCCAAUUCCAAAUUUUUGUUGAAAAAUUAACUGAAUAUCAUGAAAUCGUUAAGCUAUGCCUUUUGAGUGAAAUCUUUUUUUCGAAUAAUUUUAAUUAACUUGAAAAAUUAAUAGAUUUUCCCUUUUUUGGUGAGUUUUCAUUUAUUUUGAAUAUGUUUCUGGCGCAGUAAAAGUGCUCGGUUGCAAUUUAUUGCCAUUGAGCAUGCGGCAAGUAAUUGAGAAAAUAACUGAAUAAUUUAAUUAAUUUACUACAUUUGAUGUGCCUUACGUCUGGUAUUAGGUAUGAUAUUCGUUGUGAAAUAUACUUAUAUUCACUGUUAGUUUUGAGAAUUUUAACCGAUUUUUGUUUAAAUUCAGAAAAAUUUCGAAUUUAGUAAAUUGGUCGAAAAAAUCACAUCCAUUUUGCUUAAAAGGAAAUGUUAUUUUGGGUUACACUCGGAAAUUGAGGAUUGGGUCUCACGGUUAUUCCAAAAAUUAGUUAUUGAUAGGUCUCCCGUGACGGAGAUCACGGCGAUCCCGGUGAUCCGGAUGUUCUGUGAUGCUAGGAACUUCGGAGUAUGGAUCUAGAUACUAUCUUAUAAUGACAAAACACUCAAAACACUUCGAGGUUACCACAAAUCUAUUGAGUUUAAUCGGUUGACUGAAGAUAUGACAUCCAAGAUGGUUCAACCACAACCUAGUGAAAGUUGCGCAGCCAAGAAGAUAGAGUCGAGGUGUUUUCACAACGCUUUAGAAAAUUGGAGCUAUGUAUAUUACACUAAAAUCACAUCUCAAUAGCAGAUAGGUUUUAAGACCAUAUUUUUUCUUGUCAGAACACUCUCUCUUAGCUCCCCAAGGACAGCUCAAAACUGACUAAGUGAGAUCUUCUGUAUUUGCAGAGAUCUGCCUACAAACCUAACCUAACUAUAGCCCUCCGCGAGUCUAAAAACAUUGCAUCUUACCUAUAAUUGAAAGGGUUAUUUCAAUUGCAAACUUAAAGAUUAAGGUACUUUCACCACUUCUAUACCAAAUUCAAAAGAUACUUCUGCAAUGUAAGAAAUGGUAGGGUGUCUUAUCAGAUGUUUUAUUAGCUACUUAUAAUUUCUUCGAAACAUAAAUGCAUUAAAUCGUGGCGAAUCGCAUAAAUGAAUGAGAGGGAAUGAUAAGUGUUGAAAAGCACACAAAUUAAAUACUUGAGUAAUAAUUCAAAAGCAGACAGUCAAUGUAAGGCGCACUUCCGGCUAUCUAUUGAUAAAUACUGAGGAACCCUUCCACUGGCACAUGCUCAUUAAAAGCAGCAGCAGUAGACACUUCUUCCCAUUAAAACCAAAAAAAAAAAUAAAAAAAAAGUAAAGGGAAGUGAGAACCAAAAAGGGUUUAAUUUUUAUUGAAAGCAUAAAUUGAUAAGAUAAAUGAUCAAAGGGCGGUUCUAAGCCAAUGAUAAGGCAAACAAAUAUACACGCAUGCGUGAUGUUAUUAAAUUUAUGAGGCGCAAUUUGGGAGAAUACCAAUUAAGUGGCAAAGAGAGGCGGAAGAAAAUUGUAAUGCAAGGCAUUGGGCGAAAAUAAAUUAGGAAAAGUUGAAGAAAAUAUAUAAAUCUCCAGAGAACGUGUGUAAACUGAGUGAGUGAGAAGUGAAAGUAAUUUACUAAAGAAACUCAUCCUGACUACUGUUUUCCCCAAAAAAAAGUGUGAAUGAAAAAUUGCUCAUCAAGCACUUUGACGGCAUGUCAACGCCUACAAAUUGUGCAUGCACAUAUUGACAUAACCACAAGUAUUUACGAGUACUUGUGAAUAUUCAUGUGCGUAUUCAUUUGUCUUCUGAAAACAAUGAAAGUUUCAUAGGAAAUUUAUUCUGACACGACUGCACCGCUCUACCAGCCAAAUGUCAAAUGUUAUAUUACUCAUCUGACUUGUUCCUUUGGUUGUAAUCUCUGGCGGUGUGUGAGUAGUGGGGAGCGGUUUUAAGCGAGCGAUAAGUAAAUCUAUAAACACUCACAUUCAUAGGCCACACAUUCAUAUCGGAUAUGACACGCGCCCCAAACUUUUGGCAGACAGCUGGCGCCCAUGUGGGUACACAAACACUUCUGCAGAGCUGAAAGUGUACAGAUAUGCUUUUUAACAUACAUAUUUACUUAUUUAAAUGUAAAUAUGCAUAUGUGUUGGGCAUAACCGACGUAGACAUUGACGUAGUAUGGCAUGUCUGCUUUUCUAAAGUGAAAUUUAUUUCCGGUUUGAUAUGAAAUUUUAUGGAUAUUUGUUUAUGCCUCACGUUUAUUUUGAAGAAAAUUAAUGAAAACUGAAAGUGACUAAUUUAUUAAUUUAUACAGGUGUCUUUACAAUCUUAUGUCGGGGUAGUUGUUGUUGUGAACAGGAAUAAUUUUGGCAUAUGGUCUUAAAAAUGUGUCAUACAGUUUUAAAUAUAUUAAAGAUCGGAUUUAUCGCGUACUUAAAUCAAGUUUAGAAAUGCAUAGGUCUUCUCGUAUGUACAUAGUCUACUUGCUAACUAAAAUAGACGAGCCAAAUGGAUCCAUGCUAAAAAUCUAAUUUAAGUGUGUCUUAACAACUAACUGAGAUAACUAAAAUGAAACUAUUGAUAUUUGUGUGAGAUAUUUCACAAAAAAAGUUAUGGAAUCGAUAGUUGUUGCUGUAAGAAAACAUUCCCCAAAUAAGUUUCGACGAAUACUGCAUAAAAUUUUCGGGUUUUCCGGUUACGUAGACCCGACUGUCUUUGGAAGAGUUUUGAAUUCGGUGUACAACUAUUACAAAACUGAUUUUGGCCGUGGGGACCAAAUCUCUGACUCUUAUCUUAGGUUAAGUGUCAUUUGGUAAGAGGACAGGUAUUAUCUAGUACCAAAAAUCUGUUAAAUCUAUCACUAUGUUUGUCAAAACUCUACCUUCUUUCAUAAAUAUACCAAAUUAUUUUAUAUUAAAUGGUAAUCUUUAAAAAUGAUGACUAGUUCCAAAUUCACCAUGGGAUUAGAUCUGUUUUGAAAUCAAUCUACAUCUAGCAUAAGACUCACUUUGGUCGUGGGAUCAAAUCUCUGACUUUUUCUUAGGUUAAGUGUCAUUUGGCAUAGAUCAGAUAUUAUCUGGUACCAAAAUUGGAUCAAAACUGGCAUUAUUUUUGUAAAAUCGCUAGAUAAUAUAUCAAAAUCUCAAAAUGAACUCAAUCACUUCAUAUUAAAUGCUAAUCUUCAAAAAUUAUGUUUAGUACCAAAUCCACCAUGGGAUUCAUACUUCCAAUAUCUCCUAAAUAUUAGAAGCAAAUGUAAAACAUUAUUAGUUUUAAAAAUAUUCGUCAUGGAUUACGAAAAUAAAACACUUGAAAAUUCUUAAUGAAUCAGUUGUUUUUAUAUAACGUUCAACUGAUUUCGUUGAAAUUACUCAAGCAUUUAACUCAAGUGGCCACAUCAAACAGAUCAAAAAUUAAGUUCUAUGAUUAACUUCAAGUAUCCUGCCGUCAGAACCAAAUAUGGCUCAUCGAAUACAUUGGAACGCUUGAAAACACUUUAACUGACUCAGCGCACUUAAGCAGUAUACAGUCAACAUUGCAG